AGUAACAUAGGGACAUCCAGCCUGCUGGUCUCACUAUGCUCCAUACUGCUUUAUUAUCACUAACGGCAUUUAUGUUUUGUCUCAGCCUUUUCCUGGUACACAGAGCCAGUGUUCUAGAAAAUGAUUUUCGCAAACUCCAAGGGGACAUAAUGCUACAAUUAAAUCAACCACGUUCUGAGGGAGUCAAUGGGAAAGUGGCCAAGAUGUCUAAAACAAGGGAGGACAUUAAGCCAAGUGUUUUCCAAAAAGCUCAGAGUUCUCUGAAGAUAUCUUCUAGGAGAGUAAAAAGGGAACAGAACAGCUGCAGAGUUCCAACAUCAUUUCUGCAGUUACGGGCUAACACUAACAAACAGCCAGACAUUAGAGGAAAUAUAACAGUGAUCCCUUGGACUGUUUCUGCACAGCAAGGAAGUACAAUUUCACAAAAGGAAAACAGAAUUGUUGUCCAAGAAGACGGUUAUUACUUGGUGUUUGGACAAGUAUUGUGUCACUCUAAGUCAAGCAGAACUAAGUUGAUAUCGCAUAUGAUUUGUUCCAACUAUUCAGCUAAUGUUCUGCCUGAUUCACAGGUUUUGUUCGAGAGUCCAAGCACAGUUAUGGGUCACAUCAUACGAAGCUGGGGUUCCUCUGAAACAGGGACGGGAUCAACAGAGCUGUUGCGCUGCCUGCGAGAGAUGCCUGAUGAAACUCAUGGCAAUACAUGUUAUAGUUCAGGCACGGUGCAUUUGCUUCGAGGUGAUGAGCUGGAGCUGGUGAUCCCAGACAGGCCGGCAGCUCAGAUCUCUACAGACCCGGAGUCGACCUUUUUUGGUGUCAUACAGCUACGACUGUAACGAGACAGCACGAGGAAGAUAAACACGCAGUUCAAUGUUGCAGGAAGCUGGAAACUGACACUGAGCUGUGUGAGAGGAUGCUGAUAAAGGACCCGAGUGACAGCAGCAGGAAAAGUGCCGGAGCAUGUUAUUAAUCUCAAGAAAAUACAUAAUGAACUUUUUAAAUGAACUGUCCGUGUCCAUCAUCUGUCUUCUUUUUUUUUUUUUUUGGAAUCCGUUAGCUUUAAUCCAUUCAGCGUAUCAUUCAGGUGGCUCUCCUGCACGUGCCUAUUGUUUUUGUUUGCCACCACCUCCUUUCAUCGGUCUAUUUUCGCAUGUCUCUUUAUACCUUGCCGGGGGCUUCCCUCCUGCUCCACCUACACAGCUUAUUUGUUCCUCCCGUCUAUUUUAGACCGGUUUCCGUUUUUCCAAAGACUAUGUCAGGAACAAACACAUGUAUAAAUUUAUAUCGCUCAGGAGGUGUUUUCCUGGUUGGCACGAAACUCCACAGCGCUGUAAAUGCUUGAGUGUAAAGUCAAAGUUGUUGCAAGAGGGAUUUUAUGCUUUGGCACAACAAAUUCCCUAAUGCUAUUUCAAUUCAAAGCUAAUUCAACAUGCAUUUAUCUCUGUGACUUAUUACAUUAAACAUAGAAAUAUGACUUUCUUUGUGUAUUUUUUUUUUCUCAAAGGUAGAAUGUCAUUGUUUAUAGAUUUUGUGAAGCUUGAUAAAAAGGUGACAUAUCA